UGACGUCAUGUUGCUAUUUUACAGGGAUGCGUUUCAUGUAUACUCGUCCGGUAAAAAACAAGUAACAGCUUCCGGUAGUUGCAGCGUUACCAUACUAGCAAAAUAUCAAUAUCCUGACCUUUAAACAUGCGUAACUCUUUUUCGAAUAAAACGUUGACGCACUACUUGUAAAUAUAAUCCCUGACUCCAUGUAGCUAUUUUUAAAGGGAUGCGUGUCAGUUAACUAGUCCGGUAGGAAGCAAAGGACAUAUCCGGUAGUCGAAGCGUUACCAUAGUGACAAAAACACCAACUAACAUUGAGCUCUUUGCUGAUCGAGGACUAGCAGGUGGAGUCUCUCUUUUUGGGCAAGUACACUCAAAUAGAAACCUAAACACUCCUUUUUUUAACAAUGUCUCUGGUUGAGAUGACUGAAACGUCAAAUAAGAAAACAACAGGAACUCAAAUUGGAUGUGCAGAUACUCAAGAAACACCCGUUGAAGAAGAAAAGAAGCUUCCUGGGCCGCGGAUAACCAAGACCUUUUUAAGGGACCACUGUAAGCAGAACAAACUCUAUUCCACGCCAUUCCUGAAUGACACCUUGUAUCUGCACUACAAGGGUUUCUCCACAAUUGAAAACCUGGAGGAGUACACAGGACUCAAAUGUCUAUGGUUGGAAAGCAACGGGUUGCAACAGAUCGGGAACUUGGACGCGCAGGUCGAUCUCCGCUGCUUGUUCCUCCAGCAGAACCUUAUCCACAAACUGGAAAACCUGGGUGCUCUAAAAAGGUUACGCACUCUGAACGUCUCCAACAAUUACAUAAACACCAUCGAGAACAUCUCCAGCCUUCCUGAGCUGAGUACCCUGCAGAUGGCUCAUAACAAACUGGAGGGCGUGAAGGCCAUAGAACACUUGAGUCAGUGUCCAUCCAUCAGUGUGCUGGAUCUGGCCCACAACCUCUUACAGGACCCUGAGAUCCUUCCUGUACUUGAAGCCAUGCCGGAAUUACGCGUCCUCACCCUGACGGGCAACGAAGUGGUGAGAAGGAUCCCCGACUACAGGAAGACUCUGACCGUGCGCCUCAAGCAACUGACUUUCCUCGACGACAGGCCUGUGUUCCCCAGAGACAGAGCAUGUGCAGAAGCGUGGGCGCUCGGCGGGGUGGAGGCGGAGCGCGAGGAGAGGGAACGAUGGAACACUCGAGAAAGGAGGAAAAUCCAGGAAGGCUUGGAGGCCUUGGCUGCCGUUCGACAGAAAGCCCAGGAGAGACAACGCCUGAAAGAGAAGGUGGUGAAAGGUGAGACUUCCUUCAAUCCAGAAGCUUCUCAUCAGGAUGCCGUCACUGAGAAAAUCCAAGGGUUUGUGCAGGAUACUCUGGAUGCUCAAGAAGAGUUCACACAAAACCAAAUAAAUCUGCAGCUCUGCAAAGAAGAUCCGGAGAAACACGGAGAAAAGUCCGAGGAGGAAGAUGAGAAACAGUCAGAAAGAGAUGAGCUUGACGUUGAAGCUCCUGGUGAAACUGGACAUGGUCCUGGACCACUGGUGACUGAACUGGUGGAUGCAGAACAGCUGGAAAGUAUUCCUCUGACCGAGCCGCGGCUUGUUGAUGACCUGCCCGAUCUGGAGGAUGUGGACUCAGAAGACCUGGCGAAUUUGUUCUCCUUGGACCAGGAGUUCAAACCCAAGAUAGAAGUCAUCUCAGGGGAUGGCAAUGACGAUGUGGAGGCAGUCUGGAGUGAGAGCAUCCACUCUGGCCCAGAUAAGUCCUGGCUUUUUAUUGGCGACAGUAAGACAACCGAAGCGCCUCAGGAUUCAGCGCUGAUAUAUUCAGGUGAUACAAAUGAGCUUGAAACCGAUGCAAAGUCUGAUACGAGUCUGAUAUCAUGUCCACCACGCUGCCUGAUCGAGGAGCUGGAAUGACAUUUGUUUUGUUUUUUGGCAUCUCAAGAAAUAUAGUUCAUAGUUUGUUGGCGGUUCAGUGUUUACAACUUUAUUUUUAUUGACUAAUCAGUGUGAAAAGGUAGUUUAAAAAGAAAGUGGUUUGAUGGCGCUAUCUGCUGUCAAUUCGGCAAAAGGUGUCUUAACGUUUUCCAGCAUCAACAUGCUUUGACGAAAGGGUUUGGUAUAAAAAAAAUCGGAAACUAUAGGGAUUUUUUUGAGUGAUUUGUCCAAUUUUGAUGGCACUAUCCAAUGGGGAAAAAAGAUCCAGCAGAUGGUGCCAUCCCACACAUUUAUUCACUCAACUUUUUCCAGCUUAAAGAUGCUUUGCCACUAGGGUUUGGUAUCAA